AUGGAUAUUCUUUCAUCGGCCGGAAAUUACCUGGUGGGCGGUCGGAAGAUGACCUUUCUGCCCGUGGCUAUCUCCCUGAUGGUCAGUUUUGAGUCGUCCAUCAUGAUGUUGGGACUGCCGGCUGAGAUAUACUGUUACGGGAUGGAGUGGAUGUGGUACACUGUGGGAGUCUUUGUGGCACAGGUCUGGUACAUGGGAAUCGUGCUGUUCGGCCCGGCUGUGGCGCUAGAAGCAGUACAGGGUACCAUAGACUCAGGCGGGCCCAAAAGAGUGGUAGAUAUCGCCAAUGAAGGAGGAAGAUUCAAGAUGUUCAAGUAA